AUGUCCAGCAAUGGCAUCGCCGCUGGUGAUAGCCAUUGGAACUGGCAAGGACAUCUCCGAAUUGUGCGAGCAGAGCAGGAGCAUGAGCAGGCACAGGCAUUGGCUCAAUCUCACCCAGUUGCCCCAGCGGUUGCGCGAGUAGAGCAGGCAGCACCGCCCAUGGGUUUUGAGAAUUUGAUGGAGCAUUUAACAAAAGAUGUGCGAGAACAUCCGAUAGAUUUAGACGGUUAUUCUGCACAAGAAACCAGCACAAAGACACAAAUCUCCCAGCAGUUGGUGAAGCCCUCAGAUAUUUCUCGUCAGGCGUCAUCUCAGCCACCAGUUGGUCAUUUCUUAGGACCUACUACUACUCCGUAUACGCAUCCACCCACUCAUUUUCGAGCAUCUUUCACUAAGCCGCUGAUGCAUACACCGCCGCCGCAGAUUUCUAAAUUAGUCUCGUCGCAACCAGCGGCGCAAUGGCAGCAGGGGCAACUUCCAAGUCAGAUCCGGAAUCCACAACCUGUGUACUCGCAUCCAUCCCAGAAGCCGCCAUUUGCGUAUCAACUGCCACAUGUGGUAUCUCAAUUGCAUCCUCGCUACAAAUUGCCUGCCCAAAUACCCGUUCCUAGUCCCCUAGUGGGACAGCCUCCAGCGACAACAACAGUUAAGAGCCAUCCCAGUUAUAUGGGCUCCGCGCAGAACUAUCGGAAGAUCAACACACCCAUGGUUGCGCCUCCGGCAUCUAUGCCUCAGCAAGUAGCCAGGCUGCAAGGACCCAAUGUGCAGCGUAGUUCUCCGUCAAAUAAGCGACCAAUUGACCAUGUUUCAGACCGAACGAUCAAGCCAAAAAGAGUGACCCUCAAUCCUAAGGCAUUUAGCAAUCAUCUCAACGGUAUUGAUAUUGUCAAGCCUCUAGAUUUAGAUCGUGCCAUUGGGAGACUCAAUCCUGCCACCAUGGCCCGGGAUAUUUUGAGGGCUGCUGCGAAACAUCCGACCGAAAAACCUCUUAAUGCUCACCUGGACGUUUUGCGCAAAACCAUUUCCGCGGUGGAUUCAAAUUCGGAUCUCGCGACUUUUCGUUGGGAUCUGGUCGACUCUUUUGCACGUGACCCUCGCAACGCACCGCAGUCCCUCAAUCCUCCUCCCCAUAUCCCCAGUCCCAUAUAUAUUUCAUCAGCUUCGUCAUCCCCUCGAUUGAAUCUAAAUCAAGAUUCCACUCCCCUCACAACAAAUAUUUCCUCCGACUUGGCGAGUUCAUCUCAAGCUCCCACCCUGCCUUCACAGUCUACCACAGUAUCAACACCACAGCUUGGACGCAUAUCACCGAAGGUUUCAGUGCCACAAUCCCCAUUACCACAAUCUUCAUUACCCCAAUCUUCAUUACCCCAAUCUGCAUUACCUCAAUCUUCAUUACCCCAAUCUGCAUUACCCCAAUCUGCAUUACCUCAAUCUUCACUACCUCAUUCUUCAUUACCUCAAUAUUCAGUGCCACAGUUAUCACGUCACAAAGUUCCAGUGCCAAAAGUUUCACAGAGACCUUCUACACCAAAGCAACAACCGUCCAAAGCACCCACCACCACCAUCACCACACGUUCUCCCUUGUCGCGACAACCAAUUGUUGACCGGUCUCCACCAAAGAAUAUUCUUGAGUCAAUUGUGAUGAUCCCGACCCCUCCAAAGCAUAGUAUGCCUGUGAAGAAAACAGGUCGCACCCGGAAGGCAGAUAAAAUUCCCGCCGUAGCUUCUCCAAACUACCAAACCUUCGAUUGCCAAUGGAAUGACUGUCCAGCACAACUUCACAAUCUACUCGCACUCGACCAACAUUUGCGCAAGGUUCACCUUAUGAAUGACUUCAUGUGUCGCUGGAAGGACUGUGAAGAUACAGAUGGAAAGGCAUACACUCAAAUGGUUGAGCAUGUCCAAGAGAAGCACCUAAAUUCUCUAGCCUGGACUCUUGGAGAUGGCCCUGUGGUGACUGCUUCUGGUGAGCCUUCAGGAUAA